AUGGUUUCUCAAAGCCAAAGAUCCCGGUGGUUGAAAACCGGUGCCAUUGUCGGUUUUAUUUUCAUGGUGCUCUUGUGGCUGUCGCCAUCGAAGUCUUCUAGUUACACGGGUUUAUCUGGAGACAAAUCUGCCUCCGGUGUACAGACCAAGUGUACCAAGUCUCACGAUUCUUCCAAGCCUCUGAUUCAGUAUGCCCUCAUGAUCGACGCUGGCAGCACUGGUUCCCGUAUCCACGUCUACCGUUUCAACAACUGCGGCCCAACCCCCGAACUCGAGAACGAGAUCUUUGAGCAAACCGCAAAGAAGGAGGGCGGCAGCUCCGGUCUCAGCUCUUAUAAGGAGGAUGCUGAGGGCGCUGCUAAGAGUCUGGACCCUCUUAUGGAGGUGGCCAUGUCCAACGUUCCCGCCGAGUACAAGUCGUGUACCCCCGUCGCGGUCAAGGCCACCGCUGGUCUGCGUCUCUUGGGUGCCGAGAUGAGCAAGAACAUUCUGGAGGCUGUCCGCACCCGUUUGGAGACUGUCUAUCCAUUCCCAGUCGUCUCCCGCGAGAAGGGCGGUGUUGAGAUCAUGGAUGGCUCUGAUGAGGGCGUCUAUGCCUGGAUCACUACCAACUAUCUUCUUGGUAAAAUCGGUGGCCCCGACGAGAACCCAACUGCUGCUGUCUUCGAUCUUGGCGGUGGUUCCACUCAGAUCGUCUUCCAGCCCACUUUUGAGAAGAGCAAGGCUGGUGGCAUGCCCGAGCACUUGGCAGAGGGCGACCACAAGUACGAGUUGAAAUUUGGUGGUCACGAGUUCGAUCUCUACCAGCAUUCUCACCUUGGCUACGGUCUGAUGUCUGCUCGCAAUUCCAUUAACCUUCUGGUUUUGGAUGCUAUGCUAGCUAAGAACCCGAAGGACCUGUCCUGGUUGAAGACUCCUAUCUCCAACCCCUGCAUUCAGCCUAAUAUGGAGAAGGAAGUUGAAAUCAAAUUGCCCGCGGAUCACGCUCUAGGCAAGGCAGCAGUCACUGUUAUCAUGGCUGGCCCGAAGGAGACGACCGCUGCUCCUCAAUGCCGUGCUCUUACUGAGAAGAUCUUGAAGAAGGAAGCCGAUUGUACACUGGCUCCCUGCUCCUUCAACGGUGUUCACCAACCUUCUCUGGAAAAGACUUUUGCCCGCGAGGAUGUGUAUAUCUUCUCCUACUUCUUCGACCGCACUGAUCCCUUGGGCAUGCCCUCGUCUUUCACUCUUAACGAGCUUCAUCAGCUCACCGCCAAUGUCUGUGGUGGUGAGGAGCACUGGAGUGUUUUUGCUGGCGUGGAGAACGCCCUAACCGAGCUCCGUGAUCGUCCUGAUUGGUGCAUGGACCUCAACUUUAUGUUGAGCCUGCUGCACACUGGUUACGAGAUGCCUCUGUCCCGUGAGGUUAAGAUUGCCAAGAAGAUCAAGGGUAACGAGCUGGGCUGGUGCCUUGGAGCAAGCUUGCCUCUUCUGAGCCAGGAGUCUGGCUGGACUUGCCGCAUCAAGGAAGUUUCCUAG